CAGAUCUCAUGGGCAGUUGGAAACCUUACAUACCUUACUCAGGACUCUGAGGAGCGUCGAACGGAUUUGAUAUAUUAUUUUUAUUAUUUUUUUUUAAAUUCAUCACGCUUGCUUAAUGCUUAAAUGUUAAAUACAUUAAAUUUAAUCAGUUUUCUGCUUCCCCCGGUCUGGCCCCUAUAUUCGCUCCCUCCUCUCCCCUUCUACUCUACCUUCCCACUUACGCCACUCCUGGGAUCUUGGAUUCCAAAAAUUGCAGUUUGCACUGUUUGCAGUGCUGCACUCACUUGCUACAGUUGGUCGGUCUGCUUUUGUUUUGUUUUUGGUGUUUUGUUUUCAUUCAGGUCCGGUCGUUUUCAGUUAGUUUUAUUUCCCAGAAAAUUCUUGACACCGCUCAAAGGCGCUCAACCUAAAAGUUACAUCAUCCUUCUAUCAGGUCUCAGGGAAGUCGGAAACCUUUCAGCAGGACUGCUUUUUUCUGAACAAGUUGGAUAUUUCUUUCAAACCUUCUGAAAACAGUGGCUUUUAUAAUGAGGAGAAGAGCAGGAGGGAUUUAUAGGCCGCGCGUAGGCCCUUGGAAAACCGACGAAAAAUUUGAAAAGGCUGUGAUAAGUAGGGAGAGUACACGAGACAUGUUAGAAGUGUCUCAAUUUCUGCAGUCACGGACACUGAAUCUGGUACCCUUGAAGGACCUGGCCAUGAGGAGCUUCCUCUCAAAUCUGCCACGCUUCCAGAUGGCCCCUCAGCUGAUACAAAAUCUGUCCAAUGGAGUAAAAACAGACAUUCUUGAAGCAAUCACCAAAGUGAUUCCAGAGCGGAUUCAUUGGGGCUAUUUCCGCUUCGUUGGUCAAGCUCAUGACAACAGUUUGAAGGUUAACGAGUGUUACGAUGAAAUUAAAAAAGAGGAUGUGGCUAAGAUGUUACCACACAUUGAUUUGAUCAAGCUCCUGAUUACGCCAAACCUCCACCAGUUUGACUUUGUCUUGGUUGGUGGAUCCGUUGGCUUCGAGAACAGAGGCUUCAAGGACAGGGAAAGGGACUUUGAGGUGUGGCAAUGUUUAGCAGCGACUCCUGAAAACAACCUGCAAUCCAUUCGAGACAGAAGAAGCACCAGGGGCAGGCCACUGCCUGCUGAAAAGAUCAUGAAGUACCUCGUCAAAUUUCCAAACCUCAAGAACCUAAACCUCACUACUGUGAAAUUCUCCGAUGCUGACUUGCACAAGCUGACCACAAGCUGUCCGAAUUUGGAGAAAAUCACUCUGAUGAAGUCGCGAGAGCUGACAGUCAAAGGCCUUGAGACCCUCAACGCUCUUCCUUACCUGGAGGAAAUUUGCAUUGGCAAGGAAUAUACAGGUUACAUCAAGAAGAAUCACGCCACCAUCCAAUCUGCUUUUGAGAUGAUGCCAAAACUAAAAAUAAUCUCAGAUUUGGAAUUUGAUGGGAAGAUCCGUCAUUUCUUUGCCCGAGGCUAUGGUAGACCCUUCUUCGACAUUCCAAUUAAUCCUCCGCAGCCUUACAACUUGGAGCAGCUCGCCAAGGUUGGCGGUUGUCUUGCUAAAAUUCCUUCUCACCUGAGGCAGUUGAAAGAGGUCCACGUUGAAUGCAUACACAAUAAUGUGACUGACUUGACUCCUCAAAUUUUGGACCAACUUCCUCUUCUGAAAUCCCUCAGCAUUCAUGAACCCUACAGAGGUUACCUACUCAAUACACUUGAACUUGUUGGCUUGAGGCUGGAGGAGCUCAAUCUGAUAGGAUCCAGCAUUAGAGACAUUGACCUUUUCCAAGUGCUUGACUUCUGUCCCAACUUGGAAAAGUUGGAGGUGGAAUCUGCCUUCAGAAAGGAGAACCAACAAUAUUCCAUCAACCCAAAGAAGUUGAAACUGAAGGAACUCUGCCUAGACGGAUGCUACUCAUUCCUGAGCGACACCAACUCUGAGAUGCUGUUUUGGGAGCUCCUGUUAGCGCCACAGUUGCAAAUUGUCCACCUGGACGAUUUCUAUUUCACUGAUCCGUUGGCCAUCAUUGAUACUGCCGAGCCGUAUUUGCAAGACCUAGUUGAGCUGCAUACACUGUUUGCUUUCAAAGCUCCAAAAGAGUUUGAUGUGCACAAUGAACUCAUUUCAGACAUAGUGAAGAAUUGCCGCAAGUUAAAAUCUGUCAGGUGCUUUGUGGGGGCCAAAGUCUACAAUGAGCUGACUACAUUGCUCACUGCAAAUGUCUCGCCAAAAUGGCCCAAACCUAAUUUAGCCAUUUAAAAGAAAACUAACAUUUGGUUUUCUCCCACUUGUUGUAAUUGUUCAUUCUGGUGAAAAUAAAUCUCACUUGCUGAAAGUAACAGAAAUUUGGUAUAUACUAUAUUACCACAUUAUAUAUUAUUUACAAUAAUUGAAAAUUGAAACCAUA